ACAAGCUGCUCUUUUCAGGAAACGUAAGCUUUUCAUAGUGUCCAGCGUGGCAGGUCUCUGAAGAAACAUGUAAAUAUCUUCAUAUCUUUACUCCAGAAUUUUCUUUGAGGAGCAGAAUCCGAGGAACCUUCACACAUGAAAUUCUGGUCCUCAGUUACCUAGGUUAUGGAUGCGAAGAAUUUAACAAUGGACAAAACAAUGUUUUCGGAAUUUGAAGGAGAGUAUUCCGAUCAUAAAGCCACAAUGAAACACCUUAAUGAGAGACUGGCGGAAUUUAUAAAGCACUGUAAUGAAUUGGAAGAGUCAAACAUUGUACUACAAAAGCAGAUUGACGAGCAUUUACAAUCAGCCCCUCCAGACAUAUCCCAGUGGAAGGAGAAAUUGGAAGAGGUUCAUAACCUGCUACAUGCUAUAUAUGAAAUGAAGAUGGGAAAUGAAUGCACUGCCUUGGAAAUUGACAAUCAGAGGAUAAAUCUGACUGUUCUCAAAUCAAGGCUUAGAGAAGAAAUCCAUUUCCAAAAACAACGUGCAAUGAAAAACAAAUUUUUAGAAACAAUGGCAAUUGAAUGGCGGGAUGAUAUUACAGAAUUACAGUUUAUUAUAAAGGAUAAGGAGGAAGAAAAGAGAGAUUUAACAUUAAGUCAUGAGCAGGCAGUGGAGUCUGUGCAGCAGUUAAUACAUCCUAUCGAUGAUAUUCAGAUUGCCACGGUGGAGGAUGGGAGCAGGAUGGAACUCUCCCAGCUGCUCAAUGAAAUCAGAACGUACUAUGAGACUCUCAUCAGCACCAGUCAGAUACACAGCAACGAUCUUUCAACCAGGACCCAGCUAGAAGAGGAGGCCAGAAAGAAAAUGGAGAAAGAUGAAGAGGAACUCAGGGAAGCGCGAGCUAAUCUCACCGAAGCAAGACGACAGUGGAAAAACCUCCAGGCAGAAAUUGACUCUCUCCAAAUGUUUGAAAGGCAACUGAAACACACCCUGCACGCUACCGAACAGCAACACAAGAAGCAACUAGAGAGCUUGUCAGCUGUGAUUGUGAAUUUAGAGCACGAGUUACAGGAGGUGAGAGAUGGGGUACGAUCCCAGCUCCAAAAGCACAGGAUACUCCUGAAUACCAAUAUGCGGCUGGAACAAGAAAUCUCUGCUUAUAGGUGUCUGUUGGAAAAAGAGGAAUCCAGGAUAUAUGGUACUAAAUAUCUUCAGGAACAAAAAUCAUUUACAAGCAAAACAGGAUUUUCUUUGCCUGCAGAAAAUGGAUACCAGCUUCCUGAUAGAAAGGCCACUCAGUUUUAUGGGACCCAGAACGGAAUUGAAAGAAAAAAGCUACUUGCAGAUACAGCUGUUGUCAAGCAAUCCUUACAGAAACAUUUUGAAACAAUGCCAGUGGAAGAGCAGAACGGCCUCAUCGAGUACACAAAUCGUAAGGAGUACAAAAACUCAAGUGUACAGAAAUGCACUGUGGUUAAUCAAAAACACAGAACAAAGCAGGCAAUAUUUAAUGGAAAUAUUGCAGAGGAAGGUGCCGAAGCCAGCGGCAGAAUUCAAUCGGAGAAAGUUGAUGAAAUUAUUAAAGAGUGGGAAGGUUCAUUUUUCAAGGACAAUCCCAAAUUAAGAAAAAAAUCGGUAUCUUUGAGGUUUGAUCUCCACCUGGCUGCUGCAGAUGAAGCAUGUGUGGAAACCAAACCAGAUGAACUACCCGACAUAGAGGUCCGGUUAAUAAUGAAAAGAUCCUGUAGCAUUCCAUCAAUGAGUCCAUGAGUGAUCUACAACUAUACCAUGAAUAUUACAUUAAAAAGAAAUUAACAUCAUAACAUUUUAGAAUAAGGAGUCAUUUUAAUAAGAAUGAUAGAAACCAUAAUCUGCUUAAAUAUCUUAGGUAAACCCUAAAUAUUACAUUAAAUUAGAAAGACUGCUUUGAAGCAGUGAUGAUUUACUUAACUCUAGGUUCACUUUUGACCAAAAGUUA